AUGGAUGAUCCGCAGAGUGAGCACCAGUGGAUGGUACGGUGCCACCACCGUGAGAAGAAAGAGCUACAAGCCUGCAUCCAGGCCAUGAAGAACUCGGUCCCAGGGAGUGACAAGAUUAAAAGAAAGCAGUUGCUCCUAGAUGUGGCCCGCCUCGAGGCCGUGAUGGACUAGAAGCACUUCCAUGAGUUGGAGAAGUUCAGGGAGAGCUUCCCUGACAGCAAACUUGAGACUGUCACUGAAGAUCUUGCCAAGAUGGAUCUUGAGAACCAACCUCCUGGUCUCUCCAGAGCACAGAGAAGGCGCGAAAGAAGAGCAGCAUUGGAGAGAGAACACCAGGAGAGGAUCAUGGAGGCCGAGAUGGAACAUCUCGCUGCCUUCCGCCUCAAAGAGGAGGAGAAUCUCUCGGUCAUCUUAGGGGCCAAGAAUCUGGAGAUGAAGGAUAUCCCUGCCGACAACCACUGCAUGUACCGCAACAUCAAAGACCAGCUGGUGUUCUCCGUGACCGUGCAGAGCCUGCGGAGUCGCACGGCUGACUUCAUGCGGAACCACGUCGACGACUUUCUGCCCUUCUUCAGUGACCCGGAAACCGGCGACGCCUACAGCCGUGAUGAAUUCUUGAGCUACUGCAACGACAAUGUGCGUAGUGCGUCAUGGGGAGGCCACUUGAGGGCCCUUUCGCAUGUCCUGCAGACCCCCAUAGAGGUGAUCCAGGCAGACUCUCCAAUCGUCGUCAUCGGGGAGGAGUACACCAGGAAGCCACUCAUCCUCGUCCACAUGCGCCACACCUGCAACCUCGGGGAGCACUACAACUCAGUGAAGCCACUUGAAGUGAACGCCGUCAGUGGUGCGGCCCCGCGCCUUUUCUAG